AUGGCCGCUGCCAGGCCCGCCGCGAUGACGGGGACCGCCAGUCCGGCCUUCACAAUGAACCCAACUUCGACAGAGCACGACUGGCGCUUCCCCCGACGACCUGCUGCUCAGCCCGGCGCUGCGCACCAGCGACUGCGAGGCGCCCAGUCAAAGGGGAGCGUACCGCCGCAGGAUGAGGCCAUCCUCGGGCCAGCCUUAUUUCCUCUGCUGCAGAGCGCAAAUGUCAGCGAUGUCGACAGCAUGCAGCAGGACGAUCCGCUAGCAACCCAAGUCUGGAGGUUCUUUGCCAAGACAAAGCAACAGCUCCCGAACCAGGACCGCAUGGAGAAUUUGACCUGGCGCAUGAUGGCCAUUGGCAUCAAGAAGCACAAGGAGAAGCAGCAGAGAGCAUACGAGAGGAGCGUGCGGCCGGCGACGCUGAAUGCCCCCAGUGGCAUCGCGCAGCAGCUGCGCAAGUCGUCCGAGCACGCUACGGGCCUCAACGGGGACAACCACCAGCAGAAUGACCCCAUGAACAUUGACGACUUCAUCUUCGCCGAACACGCCGCGACGCCCGCCGCAGACAUGUCACCCGACGUCGAGUUUCAAAAACCCAACUCCAUCCCCAUCAAGUCGCGCAAGGCCCAGAUCCAGCAGCAGCAUCAGCAACAGCAGAACCAAAUGUUACAGCAGCAGCAGCAUCCGCAUGCGUUUGUGCCCCAGUCUGUGCCCGAGCAUCACCAGAAUGCCGAGUUCAACUAUGUCAAGCGUCAUCAUCGCAAGACGAGCAUUGAUGACCGCCGCGUGAGUUCCAUCCACCCUCCACGGACCCCCCACGUCCAGUCCCUGCCCACCGCUGCCGCACUUUUUCUGUCCUCCAUCCCAAUCCGCCCAUGCCGCCGCCGCUUUAACGUUUCGGGUCCCAUGCUGAUUGAUGAUCGUUCCCAGACAACUCGCAAGCGUCCUGCUGACUUCUCUCCGCAUGUCGCUGCUGUCAACAGCCAUGCCCACGAGUUGGAGCCGGAUGCCAGCCUUGGUGACUACUCCCUCGAUACUCCCCACCAGGUGAACAUGCAGCAGCAUCACCACCACCAGCAGCAGCCGCACCCCAAUCAACAGGGCGUCCCCUUUGCUCUUGACACUUUCAUGGAGAAUGACCCAAUCAUCAGCUCGGCCGGUCCCUUCCAGCAGAACUUCUUCUCGCCGGGCACGUCGCCCAUGGUCGCCAACGGAGGCUUCCCCAACCUGUACAAUGGCAACUCGGGACCCUCGAAUGACAUGUAUUCCCCGCCCGGGUCGGCUUAUCAGUCCACCGUCUCGACGCCUCAUCCCACUGGCGGCGACGGCGAUGGCUUCUACUUUGGUGGUCAGCAGCAGGGCAACCACCCGCAGUCGUUCCGCCAACACCAGCAGCAGCCGUCCCAGCAACGGCCGUUCAUGUACAAUGGGAACAAUACAACUUUCCCAACUACGAGCGGGCCAUCCGAGGGAGUGUCGCAAUUCAGCACCACCGGACCCAGCUCCUUCGGCGGCCACAUUGAUCCGACACAUGUGUUUCACGCGGAUCACACCAUGACAUCGCCCGGGGUGGGCAUGCCACAGGACAAUCUGUUUUCGUUUGGUGCCGACUCGGACGACGAGGACAACAAUGCAUUUGCUGACCGUAAUCUGAGCAUGCACCACGAGUUCAGCAGCUCUGUGGACGAAGCGAACGCUAUGGGCUGGGAUGCAUCAUUACCCGGGCAGUUUAGCACACAGGCGGCGAGGUUCCCGGGCGGGCCCCCGCGAAAGCAGGUUGUGAUUGGGGGCACUACGACGGACUAUGUCGAGACCAGCAAUGGAGAGUGGCAGGCAGAGGGACUGGGGCGGUCUCAGUCGUUCAGGUCGGGGGGCGGGGACAAGAGGGGACAGAGGAUUCCGCGAAAUGCGUCGACACCACACAUGGCAGGACAGCCCAAUGGGCUUGAGCAUCUGGCGCAGUCGCUGCCGACAUCGCCGGCCGAUGCACCCGGCACCAUGUCUGGCUUUUCCUCGGUGGCCCCGAGCCGACCUUCGUCGCCUCCACUUUCGAAAACAGGCUCAAGUACAAACUUGGCGGGAGGUAAUCAGUCCGAGAGCGGUGGGCCCACGACGUGCACAAACUGCUUCACGCAAACCACGCCACUGUGGAGGCGGAAUCCCGAGGGCCAGCCACUGUGCAAUGCGUGCGGCCUGUUCCUCAAGCUGCACGGUGUCGUCCGUCCUCUCAGCUUGAAGACGGACGUGAUCAAGAAGAGGAACCGUGGUUCGGGCGCCAACGUGCCCGCCAGUGGAUCGGCAGGCCGCAUCAAGAAGAGUGCUUCGACGGCGGCCUCGCGCAAGAACUCGAGUCUGUCUCUCGCGACCAGCGCGGCCAAGGAGGUCAAGGCCAACACCGCGACGCCGCCCUCGCACCCUCCCGCUGCGACACCGCCGCCUACCAACCGAGCAGGCAGCACCAACGAGGGCGAAAGCCCGGCAUCGACGGCCAACACCCCGGGCACAGCGACGUCCUCGUCGUCCACGAACCCCCUGAUGGGUGGAAAAGGGGUCGUGCCCAUUGCCGCCGCGCCACCCAAGGCCACACCCGGUCCUGGCGCCUCGGCCUCGGCCUCGGCCGUCACCCUCGUGCCCAGGCCGUCGACCUCGAAGCGUCAGCGCAGGCAUAGCAAGAGCGGCAACGGUGAUGUCGAGAUUGACUCGCCCAACACGUCGACCGGCUCCCCCAACGAGAUGAGCCGCAUCCCACCGACGCAAAUGCCCAUCAUGCCCGGCGGGAUGAUGCCCAACAGUUUCCACCAGCACCAGCACCCGCGCCCGAUGAUGGGGAGCAGCAGUAAUAUGAUUCAUAUGGGUGGCAAUCCACAGAAGCCGCCAUCCAUGGGCGGCGCGGGCAGUGCGUCCGGACCGCAGGAGUGGGAGUGGUUGACGAUGAGUCUGUGA